GCAUCUCUACUAACUCGGACACAUUGACAUUGAAGUUGUAGUCGACUAACUUUGGUCUGAAUUGAUAAUCACUAUUUUUUAUGUUUAAGAUUCUUUCCCGGUCGAUAUGAAAUCAUAUUAUUUCUUUGCCCUUGAUUUUUGCUAUCUCAGUCCGGCCUUCGUCUUCUGUUAUUUUCCCAAUGUAGUGGUCAAGAAUAAGGUUCACACCGGAGGCUAGAGUCUCUUUGUUUGUAAUCUUCUUGUCUACCAACCAUCUCUGGUUGGUGACUGUACCCUCUUGUCUCAUUGCUUUCGAGCCCGGAGCGUGUUGAAAUUUCUUCUUCUAUUCGAAGUUUGGUGUUAUACCUGUGAUGCACAUCGUUCCAUGUCUUGGGUGGGAAUUCCCAAAGACUAUUUUUCAGUCUCCUUGUAGCUUUCGAACUACUUUUGUUCAAGUUCCUUGUGAAAGCCAUAGCCGCCCAGAUAUCUGGUAUGAUGGGGAGCAUUAUCUUUUCCCUUUAAAAAUAAUUUAUGAAGUUUCUGGAGCAAUUCUGUGCUUUCUUGUUGGAUUUUAAAAUUUCCUUCAUGCGUUUUUCCACCUUCUGUGUUCCGGAGUGCACUUUGAUUAACACAUUUGUAGGUUCAACAAACAAACUAAUAGAAUUUUCAGAUAAAUGAAAGUACCAGGUUAAAGCUUCGUUGGUUAGGGUCUCUCUAUACUUUUUGACUAGCACGGAUUCAGUUUAUUAUUUCGUGAGAUUGUUCCCUUUGAUUCCAUUCAUGUAGUCCAUGACGUGGUCACGCAGAUCAGAAGUUCCGUUACACUUAGGAAUCCGACAUAUUGAACUUCUUCAGAAUUCGUAAUGGGGCGACACCUGGCUUCCACGGUUAUCGAGAGUACUUGUUCAUGUCGAUUCCAUUAAUGAUGUGUGGAACUCCUGGGAUCUGUUCGAUCCACUCAUUCUAUUCAUUGACCUGUUGUUAUAAGGUUAGAAUCAAAUUUUAUAACUUAUAGUUUUCGGUUGUACCUAAGCCUUUAGCUUCGGUGUCAUUUGGAAGCCCCUGGCCUAUCCAUAUAUUCCUCAGUUUGAAGUUUGGGGUUUAUCAAGAUAUACCCUCGAAGGUAGGGUUGGUGUCGCGGUUGUUGCACCACUCGUGGGGACCCUUGACGCCUCUCCAAUCUGAGCGUUCAACUGUUGUUGCUGAGUCAUAAAAAUUUCACCGUCUCCUCUAACUGAUGUUGUUCGUCACCCCUGCUAGUGGAUCUUGCUGAGAUAUUUUCUCUUGAGCGGGAUGGUCAAGUUUUAGGAGAUUGAUCAUUUGGAGUUCGUUUUCCUCUAGUUUGAUCCAUUAGUUGAGCUGCUGGGUCCACUGGCUGGUUAUUGACUCCAGACAUGGAGUUUCCCAUGAAUGAAUAAUUAACAAGUGAGUAACAUAAAAUUGAGAAGAAGUAAUAAAACUUUGGAUCAAAUACUCAAAACUGUUUAACCUAAAAAUUAGUUUUAGAAUACGUAAUUAAAUUUAUAUUAUAAGGCCACUAGCAAAUAGAUUUAUCUAAAGUGAUUUGAAUGAAAUUAGAAAUAAAAAUGUCAAUUAAAGUUGAAUUAAAGAGCUAAAUAGAGAGAUUCUUAUUAGAUGUCGGCUUUUGAUGGGGCUACACAAGAAUGCAGUCAGGAAUAUAAUUGAAAUAAUAACUUUUGCAGUGUUGUGCAUGAUUUUUUAGCAUGUGUUACAAGUGCAUGAAGUAAAGUGCUCUGUAGGAUGUGACCGUUACGAGUUUCAAGCCUACACGUUGUGUAUAUGACUAGCUGGUGGCGAGAUCCUUGCUAGUAAUAACUACAAUGGCGUAACAGAUAGGGGCCAUAAUCUCCCGGGAGGAUCUUGGGUAUACUGGAGUUCAGACCGAAGGUGUUAAGUUGAUAAUCGUAUCAAUUAGACGAGCGAAACAUUCUCACAAUCCCAAUAAAAGCUUCUUUGAUUGAUGGAUGAAUUUGGGUUCCCGUGGUGACAAUUCCUUUCAAGGAUCAAAGAAGAUGGAUUCUUUACAAUUAUAGAGCUUUUUGGGAUAAUCAAUUUAGAGGACGGAAAAUGUCUAUUCCUCAUGAGGGAAAUGCUGAUAGCAAUAAUGUUUCAGGUUCUUGCCUCUAUGAACUUCUGCAAAUGGAAUCAUCUUCAAAUUGUAGUGGUCCUCAACCAGAUAGACGAAAGCGUUCUUCGAGUCCUCGACACAGACUACAGAGGCUGCUGAGUGAAUCUGGCAAUAGAUUCUGUGCAGAUUGUGGAUCUCCUGAUCCAAAAUGGGUAUCUUUAAGUCUUGGAGUUUUUAUAUGUAUCAAGUGCUCCGGAGUACAUCGAAGCCUUGGAGUGCACAUAUCGAAGGUUCUGUCAGUGAAGCUCGACGAAUGGACAGACGACCAAGUUGAUAGUUUGAUAGAGAUGGGUGGAAAUAAUGCAGCAAACUUGAAGUAUGAAGCUUCCAUUCCUGAUAGUUAUCGGAAGCCCAGACCAGAGGCAUCAAUAGAAGAGCGUACUGACUUUAUCAGGAGAAAAUACGAGCUGCAGCAAUUUCUAAACUCUGAUGUGCAGAUGAUCUGCCCCUUCCCACCAUCAUCAUCCUCACGCUGCAAUUCAUUAAGCCUUUCUUGUAGUUUGGCCCUGGAUAAGAGACAUUAUGAGAAGCAAUCCACUGGGCAUCGCAUCCAUGGCAUAGGGCAUGCAUUUCGUAAUAGCUGGAGAAGGAAAGAAUCUGAACACAGGAGCACCAAGAAAAGUAACUCAAUGGCAGGUAUGGUUGAAUUUAUAGGAUUGAUAAAAGUCAAUGUGGUGAGAGGGACCAACCUAGCUGUCCGUGAUGUGGUAACAAGUGAUCCUUAUGUAAUUCUCUCCUUGGGAAGCCAGUCAGUCAAGACGCGUGUCAUCAAGAACAAUCUUAACCCUGUCUGGAAUGAAAAGCUAAUGUUGUCAAUUCCAGAAAAUGUUCCUUCUUUGAAAGUGCUUGUCUAUGACAAGGAUACAUUCACAACUGACGACUUCAUGGGGGAAGCUGAGAUUGACAUUCAGCCUCUUGUUACUGCUGCAAAAGCAUCUGAAAACUCGACACUCGGUGAAUCAAUGCCGCUUGGGAAAUUGAAAGCAAGCAAAGAAAACACUCUUGUUAAAGAUGGCAUUAUCAGUCUAAUAGAUGGUAAGGUGAAACAGGAUAUCACUGUGAAGCUGCAGAAUGUUGAAAGGGGAGUACUAGAGAUUGAGCUUGAAUGUGUUCCUCUCACACAAUAACAGGUGCAAGGGAAGGCUGAUGAAAAACAAUAUUCAAGCAUAUACAGUGGUGUAUUUAACAUGGUUAAUCCUUGGGCUGCUGUAACGUAUGAGAGGUCCUCUAUCUUAGCUGCAGUGAAGCUUUUGGUUGCAUUAGAUUAGUCAAUUGCUUCAAACAUGGACGCGUAGAAGAAGGAAACACAAUAAAGUGGCAAAGUGUCUGAAUUUCGUUUCCAUUGCCAGAAUCUCUAUACUGGAGUAGUUGCAAAGUGAAUUCUGCUUGUUAGAGGAUGCUCUCCCUGACAGGGCUGAGAUGAUGAAGGGUCGACUAUUUGGACGGACAAGUGUAGACUGCAGCAGAAAGGCAGGGGAAUCCGGAAUCACACCAGCAUUCAACUUUUGAUGCCAUAUUAGACUUUUGAUAUUGCUAGAGCUAGAUAUUUCUUUAACCAACUGUAUGAUGUAAGAUAUAUGUUCUAACCAAAACGAGUACUUUUCUGGUUUUAUUAAUGCUAAUUAGAUUACACGUUGGUGUUUA